AUGCUAUUAGAAGAAACUGCUUGGAAACGAAUCCAUGAAUUGCUCUAUCCAAGUGGAAGCGAAUCUUCUAAUAAACUAAAGAAUAAUCGUGAGUUUCAUGAAGUUAAAGAUGAAAAAGACGAAGAUCUUUUAUAUCUUGAUUAUUUGGAAUACUUUCAUGAAACAUUUAAUCUUACUGGGAUUCACCCAUUGUUUGUGGACCAUUCCGGAUUU